AGAACAGCCAUGCCGCCAUCGCCAUGGGCGUACGUAUCCCCCACCUUCCCCGAACGUUCACCAUCGUCUCUCUGGCUGCUUAAUUAGCGUACGAACGUACACAUGUGGCACUACAGUUUCUAUAAACAGUAGUGGCAGCUUAGCCACUGGGCAUCCACUGUCCGUACCGUGUAUAUAUGUCUCUCUUCGGGUUGGAGGGAGUCGGAGGUGUCGUCCAUUAUCCGUCGGUGAUAGCGCGCCCCAGAAGGUUUCUGAGUGGUAGGAAUAAGAAAAAUCCCGAGAAGUGCAUUCUCGGCAUAAAUAGCCGCGGAGAGCAAAGCCGGCUAUAGUUUCGUCUCGUCGUCCCGACCAUUUGCUGGCUAGGUAGCUCAGAGACUACUGCCUCCUGAUUAUCUCGCCGCGCGUCGUGUUCAUUUACGGCUACGAAAAUAGUAGGGCUGGCAAAUCGGUGGCCGGCCGGCAGUGCGGCGGCCGAGGAGAUGGGGAGCCUCGACGGCCACUCGCUGCAGCAGGGCCAUCACCACGGCUACGCCCACUCCCACGUCGGCGCGGGCCCCGACAGCAGCGGCAACAACAACAACGACGAGGACGACGCGUCGCCCCCGCCUGCCGGCGCCGCGGCGGGGGGAGGCGGAGGUCCUCGCCGGCCGCGGGGGAGGCCCCCGGGGUCCAAGAACAAGCCGAAGCCGCCGGUGGUGGUGACGCGGGAGAGCCCCAACGCGAUGCGCUCCCACGUGCUGGAGAUCGCCAGCGGCGCCGACAUCGUGGACGCCAUCGCGGGCUUCUCCCGCCGCCGCCAGCGCGGCGUCUCCGUGCUCAGCGGGACCGGCGCGGUCACCAACGUCACGCUGCGGCAGCCCGCGGGGGCCGGCGCGGCGGCCAUCGCGCUGCGUGGCCGGUUCGAGAUACUGUCCAUGUCCGGGGCGUUCCUCCCGGCGCCGGCGCCGCCGGGGGCCACGGGGCUCGCCGUGUACCUGGCGGGAGGGCAGGGGCAGGUGGUGGGCGGGAGCGUCAUGGGGGAGCUCAUCGCGUCGGGCCCCGUCAUGGUGAUCGCCGCCACGUUCGGCAACGCCACCUACGAGAGGCUGCCGCUGGAGCAGGACGCCGAGGAGGGCGCCGUGCUCUCCGGGUCGUCCGAGGGCGGCGCCACCGCGCAGCAGCUGGAGCAGCAGCAGAGCAGCGGGGGCCCCGUCGUGCCGCCGUCGUCCAUGUACGCCGUCCCGCAGACGCCGCCGCACGACAUGUUCGGCCAGUGGGGGCACGCGGCUGUGACGCGGCCACCGCCGACGUCGUUCUAGCUAGCGCUAGCUGCACCUGCACCGGCCUGCCGCCGUAUCUCUCUACCUCUUGCUAGUUAGAGAUUUCCACUUCUUCACUAGGUAUUAGCUACUAGUACUCUAGUCGUUGUUACAUUAGCUCGACUACCCACGCUGUUAAUUAAUGUGCCAUGGCAUGCAUGUGUGAUCUUUUCCCAUUUCUUCUAGCUAUUUGGAGCCUGUGGAAUCAAUGUACAAUUCAUAUUUGCGUAUAUCGGAAUUGGUCAAUGUUUACUUAUCUGUCAA